GCUCCUCGUUGGCGCUCGUUGAAGCACCCGUACGAACGGUCGCGUUAGUUGCCUUGCGCACCGUAGUCGAUGUCACCCGUCGCUCGACCACACGACCGUUCGAACCGAGCAAUGUCUCCGGCAGAUCAUCGCUCGAAUUUACCGUGCCAACACCAUCGUCCAAAUUAAAUUUGUUCACGAUGCCUGAAAAUUCGUCGCGUGUUUGUGCAUUACGUUCCACUAUCUCGGCGAUGGAGCGAUUGCAUCCCGGUGACACGGAAUACGUCACAGCGUCGAGACACAUGGCACUCAAUAAACGACAACUGACAUCGCCGAUAUCGGAGGAACUGACGAUAAUGUCGUCCUGCACCUGUCUAUCGUGACGAGAAGCGAACUAAUCGCGCAACGUAACGGCCAAUUGUCGAUUUCCAUUGCGAUCGCGAUCGUCGCACAAUCUAGCGCGCUUCAAAGAGGUCGGUAUGUGACCGGUGGGUCGCCAUUACGCGAGAUCAGCGCGUCCGCUCGCCAAAUGCGCGAAUUCGCGUUCGCACAGAUCGUCGCUGCGCGAUUCGGGCGUCGUAAAAAUUAUAGUUGUCGAAUCGCACGGCUGUCUGACCGUGCGAGCGUAACGUUCCGAAUUAAUUGUUCUUUUCGCGCACCGUCGCAAUUGUUUGCACGUUUCACGGUCAUUGGGAAUCGCUCUCGACCACAUCGAACAAUUGUCAUCGAAGGCGAGAUAGUGUACAAAUUGCGAUUGUACACAAGCAGCGUUCGGAAGCACCAUUGUUCCAGUGACCGCGAUCAUUGUUUCCGCCAUCGAUCAAGUUACAUAAUGGUUUCAAUGAGCAGUCACUAUCUACGCGCCGCUGUGUGUUUUCUCAGAUAUCUUAUCUUUCGAGUAGUAACUCGAUAAGAGAAUGAGAACACUCUCGCAAGAUGUAUAUAACGAACGUACGCUACAUUGGCCGACAUCAGACCUCAAGAAGCAUCAAACGAGAAAAACACCAUGAGCGUGAUCGAAGACUGCUCGGUUAUACAUUUGUGGAAUCACGACCACGAUUUGGACAUUUUCGUACCUGACGAUUACGAGUGGAUGUACGACGAUGAGCAAUUUGCAAAGAUCUGUUUGUGCAAUAUUACCGGCGAACGUUUAAUGAUCCCACUGUCCAAAAUUGCUGGUUAUUUUAGUAUUGACGAGCGUCAGAACAAACGAGCUCUGCGACGAUCGGACAAGUCGACAAAAUAUUCGAAUAUUAGUCACGGGAAGAGAUAUAUGUGCGAGUGCGCUAUUGUUCCAGCAGUAUUGUGCCUGGGCGCCAAUGGCGAUAUCAAGCUCUAUACCAUGAUCAAAUUGCCCGGAUAUGUGCGUAUCGGCAAAAGAUACUUGAAGCGACAAGAACGACGUCACGAAAUUGACCACCUUCAUCAUGGCAUUUGGCGCGAAGAAGACGAGGAUGCUAUAGAUAUAUUUAAUUUAAACGAUUUAUUUACAUCUUACGAAAAUAUUGUUCCCGAACCGAUAGAAGAAUUGUGGAUCGAUGUUAAUUUUGUUUAA